CAUCCUACGCGUCCACAAGAGAGAAGCACGCAGCAAAUUGAAUUUAGUCGUUUACGUCACUUUGUAGCGAUUUUCACCAAACUAAGCAUGUUUCGGCCUAUAGUUUCAUAUAAUACCAUUUCCACCGAUCAACUUUAGUUGAUAAUACGUAUUGUAAAGUGCAGUAUCUUAACCAGCUACAUUUUAAAUGGUAAAUCGAAAUAAUAUAUUUGAAAGGCAAACUCUUAUUCAGCUAACGCGUUAGCCAGCUAUUGACUGUUUCACAUGGCUUCUGUCCUGAAUGUUCAAACCCUACAGGGUUUAAGAAUAUUUCAACAGAAAUUGAUAUGGACCAAAGGAUUUGUGCGGUUUGCCUCAAUUGGGCAAGGCAGGAUAGAAAAAGUCCUCAUUGCCAACAGAGGAGAAAUCGCCUGCCGUGUGAUGCGAACAGCAAAGAAGAUGGGUGUGCGCUCUGUGGCAGUAUACUGCAGUGAUGCAGAUCGUCAUUCCAUGCAUGUGGCCAUGGCAGAUGAGGCCUAUAACAUUGGGCCAGCCGCAUCCCAGCAGAGUUACUUGUCCAUGGAGAAAGUCAUGGAGGUUGCCAAGAGGUCUGGAUCACAUGCUGUCCACCCAGGAUAUGGCUUCCUGUCAGAGAACACAGAGUUUGCUGAGGCAUGCAAACAGGAGGGUAUCAUCUUUAUUGGCCCUCCAUCAUCUGCUAUCAGAGACAUGGGUAUCAAAAGUACAUCAAAAUACAUAAUGUCAGCUGCGGGUGUUCCUAUCAUCGAGGGUUACCACGGAGAGGACCAAUCGGAUGAGAAGCUCCAAGCUGAGGCUGUCAGGAUAGGCUACCCAGUGAUGAUAAAGGCUGUGCGUGGCGGGGGUGGUAAAGGAAUGCGCAUUGCACACACCGCUGAAGACUUCCAUGAGCAGCUUGAGUCUGCGAGACGAGAGGCUCGCAAGUCCUUCAAUGAUGAUGUCAUGCUAGUGGAGAAAUUUGUAGAGGACCCCAGACAUGUGGAGGUCCAGGUUUUUGGGGACCAGCAUGGAAAUGCUGUCUACCUGUUUGAGAGGGAUUGCAGCGUGCAGAGAAGGCACCAGAAGAUCAUUGAGGAAGCACCAGGUCCUGGAAUUAGCAAGGACGUGAGGCGGAAACUGGGUGAGGCAGCCGUGAGAGCAGCCAAAGCCGUCAACUAUGUGGGAGCAGGCACUGUGGAGUUCAUCAUGGAUGCACAGCACAACUUCUUCUUCAUGGAGAUGAACACGCGUCUGCAGGUGGAGCACCCUGUGUCUGAGAUGAUCACUGGUACUGACCUGGUGGAGUGGCAGCUCAGGGUGGCUGCAGGUGAGAGGCUGCCCCUCCUGCAGGAGGAGAUAGAACUGAUGGGCCAUUCGUUUGAGGCCAGGAUAUACGCUGAGGACCCCAACAACGACUUCCUCCCUGGGGCAGGACCCCUCCUUCAUCUGUCUACACCCCUGGCAGACGAGUGCACACGCAUCGAGACAGGCGUCAGGGAAGGAGAUGAAGUGUCAGCCCACUAUGACCCCAUGAUCGCUAAACUGGUGGUGUGGGGAGAGGACCGCUCUGCUGCUCUGAGGAAGCUCAGAUACUGCUUACGUCAGUACAACAUUGUAGGCCUCAACACCAAUAUUGACUUCCUGCUGAGUCUGUCUGGCCACCCAGAGUUUGAGGCAGGGAAUGUGACCACCAGCUUCAUCCCCCAGCACUAUGAGCAGCUGUUCCCCAAGCCCAGCCCUCCCUCCAGGGCCACACUGUGUCAGGCUGCCCUGGGCAGCACUCGAACCUUCAGAGACCAGUCCAACGAUCCCUUCUCUCCUUUUGCCUCCAGUAACGGCAGGAGGGUGAACAUCCUAUAUAGUAGGAAUAUGACGCUCCAGCUGGGUGAAACUAAAGUGGAAUUAACGGUUACAUAUAAUCCAGAUGGGACCUACUCUAUGGAGAUUGGAGGGGAAGUGUUCCAGGUGUCAGGGGAGGUGGAGGUGGAGACAGAGGGACAGACAUCAUUCCUGCACUGCUCUGUGAACGGGGUGAAGUCCCGGCCCAAACUGGUCAUCCUGGAUAACACAGUACACCUCUUCUCUAUGGAGGGUAGUGCAGAGGUGAGCAUUCCAGUGCCCAAGUUCCUGGCUGGUGUGAGCACAGGAGCACAGGGAGGAGCUGUGGCACCCAUGACUGGGACCAUUGAGAAGGUGCUGGUGAAGGCAGGAGACACCGUGCAGAUGGGAGACUCCUUGAUGGUGAUGAAUGCCAUGAAAAUGGAGCACAUCAUCCGAGCACCCAAAGCUGGAGUCAUCAAGAAGGUGUUUUUCAAGGAUGGCUCCCAGGCCAACCGACACGCAGCCCUGGUAGAGUUUGAGGAGGCCGCUGAGGAAGAAUAAUCUUAUCCUCAUGUGUGAAUAUUUAUUUGUGAACUUUGAGACUAAGUUACUGUAGAAAUCAAAUGUACAAUCCUAAGGGAACACUGUACAGUUGCCAGAAAAUUGCCUUCAUGUUUUGUGGCAGAAAUGUGUCGAUAUUUAACAAUACUGGUAUAUUUGCUUAGGUUUUUCUUCUAAUCCAAAUUUUCUGAUGGCUGUGUAGAAGUCUGGCUUUUGUGCAGUUCUCUUUGCAGACUGCCAUCUUUGAAGUCGUUUGUGGUGUUGUCAAAAUGAAGGGUGAUGUAAAAAAAAAAAAAAGUCAGUGAUUGGUUCUUUUCUAACCAAUCAUAAUUUUCAAAAUGCCACUUUACCAUCAGUUUCUGGGACCAAUUAGAUGGUCUAGAAUGGAUUUCUAUUUGGGGAGUUACUCAGAUCGAGGGCAUGGCGUCGCAUUUGGGCAGCCAGGCAAUUUUCUUCUAGCUUCAGUUUUGUACAUGCUGCCACAUCUUCUAUAGCCUGGUCCCAGAUCUGUUUGUACUCCUUGUCAACUUGGCAUAUCACAAACAGAUUGGCACUCAGGCUACAUUUUAGUCUUGGAAAUCCCAGACCUAGGGCAACAUUGUGGGAGCCUAGCUACAUCUCAUAUGAUUCAGAUUCAAUCCAGGAUGUGAAAUUACAAUAAGGGUUAUUCACCGAUAACUGCCUCCCCUUACAGGCCUAACUUGUAUUGGUUACUUUAGUCCAUAAAACUAAUACCAUGGAAGAGAUGACCUAUCAUUAAACAACCAAUUUGAGAGAAGGUUGGUGCUGAAAUCAGUCAGGGUUAUAAAGUGUUGAAUCCCCCCAAGCACACACUCCUGACAACUUGUUUGUGGUAAGUUAUGUCUGCUAACCUGUGUGCUGUCAUCCAUUCAAUAGUGAGCCUGAUUGUUAUUGAUGUGUUCCCAAAUUAAAUUUUUCUAAAAGAUAA